UCUAGACAGAGUCCCAUCACGAUUUCAGACUCCUCUGAUCUUGAAUCCUGACAAGACUCCGAGACCAACCAUCCUUUCCAAACGCAAACCUUCAAGAAUCGAGAGCACCUAACAGCAACAUUCCAAAUACCAACGGAGCAAUUCAAUCCAAAAUCCAAAACCAACAUUCAAAAUGAGUGAAACCUUCCUCGACCACGCCGGCGUCAAGCGCGCGCUGGACGACAUCUCUGCGUACGCCACCGAAUUCGAGACACUUUCCUUCUGGAGCACGCUCUUGCCGCUCUACUUUUCUAGUAGCGCGUACAAGCUCGAAGUUUUCUUCGAGUCCGAGUUUGAGACCGAGACUCAGUUCCAUUCUCGUCAGUCUCGGUCCCAGCAUCUCGGCAUCAGAGUAAUUGCCAUUGGCAAUAACGGCCGCCACGUCAGCCCUGCUGCCCAUGCUGCUCACGCUGCGUCUUUUGUCCCCACUGCUUACCAUCAACCGGGCAUGAGAAUUAUUCAUGGGACGGAAGCUGGCACUAUCGGCGUCGUGAGCAAUGGCGGUAUCAUUCAGUCCAUCACGUUUCUGCCGCUGCCGAUUCCGCCGCUUCGGUCGACUGCGCCGACUGCACCGACUGCCACUCGUUCUUUUCCUUUGACUGGAGACGCUACCAGUGGCAGCAUCGUCACCGACUCUCGCGUGGUCUUGACUAUCAUUUGCAAGGCGGGCAACUGGGCCAGAGACCUCGAGGUCUUUGGCGGCGCAGCGGAUCCAGCUGAUGACGGUGACGGUGAUCUUGAUAGCUUCAGUAAUCUCAAUAUCGAAGAAACCCGUGCCGACCUUUUUGACAAUGGCGGCGGAGUGCGCAUUAAUGCGGAUAAAGACGGCGAUGAUGCCAACGGGAACUCCAACGGGAACCUCAACGGCAUCUCUAACUCCGACUCCAAUACCAACAAUCAACAAAACGAAAACAACGGCACCAACGGCAUCAAUGGUACCAACGGUUUCAGUGAUGACGAUGAUAGUAACGACAACGACGACGGCAUUCUCAACCAAGUGACUCACCUCGUCGCCACGAACCGCAACGUCGAUGGCAACAUGUGGGCCAUCGUGGCCACUGGCGGGUCUGCCACCGUCUUGUUCAUCAGCGGCGAGGACGUCGGGCUCGUUGCCGAUCGUCUGCAGUUCCGGCCCGGUCGAGUUGCGCCGCCGCCACCAUUUGCCUUUGGUCACCCCCGUCUUGCUGCUACUGGAAUUGCUGCUCCUGGGCUGUUUGGGAACUUCUGGGCGCGAGUCGCGGAUACUACCAACGCCGACUACGCGGAUACAGAAUAUGGAAUUGACGUGGAGCGCAUGGAAGAACUCUUUACGGAGAUUAUUGAACACCCGCGCGGCCCGCCGCUGGGAACGACCUAUGUCUCUGCGACGCAGCGACAGGGCGGGAUGGACAAGAACAGCGGGAAAGAGGGCGAAAUAAGCUUCCUUGUGCAAGAACAAAUCGAGCUUGCUGUUCCAUCCAACAUCACUUGUGAUGAUUGA